AUGAGAUUGUUUACUGCUCUUAAAGUUGCAGCAUCUAUACUAUUUAUAUGGAUACACAAUCGUCCUAAUGCUCCGUAUACUUCGGGUAAAUACAUAGGAGGCCCAUACAAUAUUGAAAUCAUAUCAGACAUAAGAUUUCAGAGAUCAUUGGCAGAACAAGAAUUUCAGGAAGAAUUGGACCAAUUAAAAAUACCGGAUAAAACAUUAAAAGACAGCCCAGAUAACAGUGCUAAAUGGGUUUCAGAUGAUUUAUCAGAGCAUGAACAGCUGCAAGAAAGUUGUUCGAAUGAUUUGGAAAUUUAUAAAGAGAAGUUUAAGCAUAAAUAUGCUAAAUGGAAAGGUUUAAAAAGACUAGAUGGUUAUUUUGAAAAAAAUAUAUUUGAUAAGAUUGAUAGAAUACGUAAACAGGAAGGGGAGACUGGUGUCUACAAUAGAACAGUAAUAAAGAAUAUAAUUAAAAAGAGGGACAUACUUAUUAUGGUUAUGCCCCCAAUUUUAUUGAUUGUAUUAUUACCAACUAUAAUUAUAACCGCGCUCAGUUUAGGAUUAUAUACACACAUUUUUACCAUAUAUGGUAUUCUUCUCUUAAUAUUAGCAUGCAUAAUUUCAUUCUCGAUCAUUUAUACCAUGGUAAAAGUGUUAAAAUAUUACAGAUUAGAAGUUGGAGGGGGUAAACUGAAAUUUAAGGAAUAUUGUGCGCUUUGUAAAGAUAUAUUUUUUCCUUAA